AUGCUUGUCAAUGGCACGGUAUGUGAAGGACACUUUGGUCAACUUAAGCUGUACGUCCAGGCUUCACAAGACGAUCUCAUUCAAUUCUUCCUGAAGACCUCAACACCUUUGAGACGUGCCGUGAGAUCUCCACAUAUCAACAGGAUACGGAGUAACAUCUUCCCUGCAAUGUACCAAGGGAAGAGUGUGACUGCUUUGUAUCUCAAGCCAACCAAGGGUGUGCCCAACUUCCCGAUGAACGAAGAGUGUACCAUGGGUCCCCAAGGAACCAUCGGUCCAACCGGUCCUCCAGGAAACAGAGGUCCCGUGGGUCUCCAAGGAAUCAUCGGCCCCAUAGGUCCUCCAGGAACCAGAGGCCCCAUGGGUCCGCAAUCAAAUCAGAACCUAUCCGAUCCGUUUCAUCUACUACCUCUCAUUCGGAGAAACGCCUACCUCUACAUAUACUCUCAUCCUAGCAGAUUUGAAUCCGUCAACAGGGUGAGCAGAAACAGAUACAGAGGGGGAAAUAUCGUUGACAUGAAGGACAAGAGAAUCAACGUGAACAGCAUCGACAUGUUCCGAGACGAUCACUUCUACCUCAACAUUACACAACCCAGCCAAGUUUCCAUUAGAGAACGAUUCGUCAAUCUGUUUCACGACAACAUGUCUUUUGCAAUGUUCCAAGUAAUUCAAGUGGACGCACCUGACCCUAGAAACAUGUCAUUGAAGGCAUUCGAUAUCGAUACUGUCGGAAAUUUCAGCUUGGAUAGUUUGUACGUGUUGUUCACUGCCACCCACAUAAGUGGCAACUACUUCACGCGUCCCGGCCAUUCAUCAUUCAACAUACCCGUUUCGUCUUUAGCGAACCAAUUAUCGGCGGCUUUGGAUAAACCUGUGUCGAGCAUGACGGAUCUCUUGGGUACAAAGUGUGUCAUAAGUUACGCUCGGAAUUCAGAAGGCCUAUUCACUCUAUACGUAAACUCCAUUUUGAUACAUUCCAACUUAGACACUGUCCCAUUUUCCAGGACCAAUGGAAUCGAAGAUUGCAAUUAUAGCAUUGGUGGUACUCAAUUCUUCAACGGCACUUCAUCAAAGUUGUUCUGUCAUUUGCACUUUGCAGAGAGUUUAUCUUCUCAUACAAUCCAGCGCAUCCACACAGAACUCAUGGCACACUACGAUAUAUGAAAGUGCUACUUUGAUUGUACAUAAUAUAUAGCACACAUGCUACACUACAUUCUUGAGAUGAAAAUGAAAAAUAAAACCUAUCUAUAGUGAGUGUCAUCACAACACCAGAAUGUCUGUGAUAUUGACAGUGGCGAACAACACGUCGGGCGUGAGCAGGGGAUUGCACAAACCGAACUUUACUCUAAAUGUGAAGGAGCUCGAUACGCGUGAUAAAGUCCUGCAUGUUGAAUCGGCUCAGUUUGAAGUACACUUUGAGAACAUAGACGAGGCAACGAACAAACUCUAUGUGGUACAUGGUGUAGAAGAAGAAGAAGAAGAGGAUAGACUUU